AUGCCUCAAAACGAGUAUAUUGAACAACACAUAAAACAGCACGGAAGGAGGUUAGAUCACGAGGAGAGGAAAAGAAAGAAGGAGGCUAGAGAGGGACAUCGAGUGGCCAAAGAUGCUCAAACACUUAAAGGUUGGAGAGCUAAACAGUUUGCCAAGAAGAGAUACAGUGAAAAAGUAUCGAUGCGUAAAAAGAUCAAGGCACACCAAGAAAGUAAAGUUAAGGGCCCCUCCACUCCAAAACAAGAUGAAGGCGAAGCUUUGCCUACAUAUCUUUUGGAUCGUCAGACAAAUAACACUGCAAAGGCCUUGUCUUCGAGUAUAAAACAGAAGAGAUUGGAAAAGGCAGACAAAUUCAGUGUUCCAUUACCAAAGGUGCGUGGUAUUUCGGAAGAAGAGAUGUUCAAAGUGAUAAAAACCGGAAAGAGCAAGACCAAGAGUUGGAAGAGAAUGAUAACCAAACAUACUUUUGUCGGCGAAGGUUUCACACGUAGACCCGUUAAGAUGGAAAGAAUCAUUCGUCCUGCAGCAUUGAGACAAAAGAAGGCCAACGUGACACACCCAGAAUUGGGCGUGACAGUAUUUCUACCAAUAUUGGGCGUUAAGAAAAACCCACAAUCGCCAAUGUAUACUCAAUUAGGCGUGUUAACAAAAGGUACAAUCAUAGAAGUGAAUGUUUCAGAGUUGGGUUUAGUUACUGCCGGAGGAAAAGUUGUAUGGGGUAAAUACGCCCAAAUUACAAAUGAGCCGGAUAGAGAUGGAUGCGUUAAUGCGGUUUUAUUAGUAUAG